UAAGGUAGUUUGAAAAGCGGGUCAAAUAAAAAAUAACGGAAAAAGUAUUUCUUAACUACUUAACUAAAUAUUUAGAUACAGUACUGAUUUGAAAAGUUAAUGAACAGGUUUAUCAAAUUAAUCACAACUCAGAAUAAAAUACUCCAUAAUAUGUUAUUUAUCACAUUCUAAUACAUGGAGUGAUACAAGAGCCCAAAGAAAAAAAAGAAAAGAAAAAUAUCUUCUUCCAAAGGUUCCAAUAUCCAUCAAUUUACGUAAUUUGACAAAUAUCAUAAGAAUCUCAUAUCAUAUCCAUUCUUGUAUAAAUCUUUAAGUUGCUAUAAUCUAAAGAAGCCAAAUUUAGAGGAAAGGUGCCAAAGCACACCAGGUGUUUGAUUAAAGGCCUAAGUGAAAGCAAAACAAACAUGGAAGUUACAGUUGGAACGCUGCUUAAAGUUGGAGCUACAGUUGCUGGUGGAAUGUUCGCCCUCUCUCUCGCCACUUCCACCACCAUCAAAGUCAUCCAAUUCGCAACCGAAGCUAAAAGGAAAAGCGAGGCAAAACCAUGUUUAGGAUGUAAGGGAAAAGGGUUCUAUAUUUGCAAACUUUGCAAAGGGAAUGCUACCAUACAAUGGUCACCUUUGUAUGAUCCUAUUCAUAUUAACCCUUGUCAAUGCCCGACUUGUGAUGGUCAUUGCAUUCAACGGUGUCUUAAUUGUAUUGGUAAAGGAUACUAUUGAGCUCCAAUGGCGUAGCCUGGUCCAACUUCUGCAAUCUAUUCGAGCUAAGCUGCAUAGUGAGUUGGAUGGAAUGUACUUCAUUGUUGUCGUGUCAAGAUGAAUCUAAGCAUGAUCGUGGUAUGUUCCUAUCAGUUUUUACUAGCUUAGCUGAUUAAAGUCUAAUAAUAUCGGCCUAAUUUGUACUGUAAUUGUAUUCUGUUUUGUUUAGUGAUGUGCAUGAGAACAUAUUCUGUGUUAUAUUUCGCAAAGAUAAUCUAAUGACUUCUAUUAUUAGUUAUAUAACAGUUAAAUUAAAUAGAGCUGUUUUGUGUAGUAGAAAAAGCUAAUUGAGUAAUAAUUAACUAUCAUCAAACUUGCAAUAAAAAAAAUAAUAUACAACAUUUGAUAGUCUUGUUACUUACAAUUUAUCAUACAAAGUAGAAAUUAUUGGUGACUUGUGAUCCCUGUGCUUUAAUUUGAUAGAUAUGCUAAAUCGUGCACCAAGGUAAUAAAGAUCUUACUGUAGGUAACUGUGAUAUUUCAUCUUGUUGUAGUCUAUGUACGUCGUAGAAGUUGAACAACUUAACCCAAUGCAAGUGUGGAUAGAGUCGGAUAGCCUUUUGCUCAACGACCUCAUCCCUUCAAGCUAAGAGUAGAGUUUAGCUAGCCUAUUUUUGAGUUAUAUGUAGUAAUGUUACUCGUAUGGCAAUUCAAAUAGGUUUAACUUAUUUGGUACAGAGGAUGUUAGGAAUUUAGGAUGGUACCAAUCUCAAUAGCAUUUACAUACGCUAAACCAUUUUAGCCAAGACCUUGAAUUGGUGCAUCGUUCAAAAAGUCCCUCAUCAGC